AUGAGCCCAUCCUGUGAAGAAGGAAACUUAGCCGACGAUCUGCCGCCGACGACGGUAGAUAAGUCACUGCACGCUGAAGAUAGGGACAGAUCCGUCCCCCCAAGGGGUCGAUCUUUGUCACCGCGAAGAUCUACCUCGCCGCGAAGAUCUACCUCGCCACAAAGGUCUACCUCGCCGCGAAGAUCCACUUUGACGCGACAAUCAACGGCACCAAGGAAGGAUGAAAGUCCUCCGCCGUCCACACGACGCCAUCACUCGAAGAAAACCUCUUCAAGUGACAGGCCUCGCAACCCGAAGAAAUCCUCGUCGAGCCUCAAGUUCCGCAAGCUCAUGGAGAGUCUCGUCAAGCCAUUAGCUGAAGGCUUCGAGGCAAUGCAAGCAUAG